AUUCGUCUCUCAAAAGAGGAGGGAGAGUAAGAAGGAAAUGAGUUGGUUACUCCUGCCCAUCCUGGAUUGAGGAUUCUCGAAUUUUCGCUCCCCUGACCAAGCUGACCUAUUGCCCCAAACUCUCUCAAGAGGUCGACCCUUGCUCUGAGAUAGGGGUAUCUGAAUAUAGGGUGGGGAGGGAGGAGGCGUGAGUAAAAGAUCUGGACCAGCCUUCGGCGCACAGCCGAAGAUUUUGCCCAGAGAGAGGGGCGUAUAGGUGUUUGAUAUAGUUCUCCAUGAAUAAAACGCGGAAAUAUUUCCCCGUAGUAAUCCAGGAGCGUUCACACACACACACACACACACACAUAUUCACACUGCAGCGCCACAUGUCACCAGGCUGAUUUUUUUUUUAAGGAGACGGGAAGGAAGCAGCCUGGAAGGGGGCCCUAAAACGGGCGGAUUAUUCGCUGUCCAUCUCCCCCACCCCCAUCCGCUCCCUCUGGGGACCUCCCGUUGGGAAGGACAGUCCUCCAGCGCCUUUCCUUUGUCCAAGGCUUUGUGUGUGUUCAUGUGUUUUUUUCGGGGGUAGGGUAAGAGUUGGGGGCCCCCAUCAGCGCAACACACUGAUUAUAACCUUCCUUAAAAUCCGGGGAGGCGGGGGUGGCCGCACCCGGCUGGGUGGAGAAGAAGGGGACCGGGACGUUGCUACGGCGGGUUAAUGAUUUAAUCGUCCUCGGCUGAGCCUACUCUGAGAUUGCCCGGCCCCCCAACUCCGGCCUCUGGCACCGCCCCCGGCCUUGGAGCGCCCCCAACUGGGACGUCAACUUGCCCCUUCUUAGCUUCUCUUUUUACAUUGCCUUCUUCAGGAUUCGGGUCUCCCGGGACCCUGCUGUUAUAUUUUCUUCUUCAUCCCAUCCUCAUCGUGAUCCAGAUACAGAAAUCUUCAUCCUGCAUUUGACUUUGGGAGGGCCUGCCUUCCUAACCCAAGAAGAUGCCAAUUCUCAAGCAGCUAGUGUCCAGCUCAGCCCACUCAAAGCGCCGUUCCCGAGUGGACCUCACAGCAGAGAUGAUCAGCGCUCCCCUGGGUGACUUCCGCCACACCAUGCAUGUGGGACGGGCUGGGGAUGCCUUUGGGGAUACCUCCUUCCUCAACAGUAAAGCCGGGGAGGCAGACCCUGAGUCCCUUGAAGAGCAGGCAAGUGCCACUUCCUCAUCUAAACCCAGCCUCCUAUCUCGAAAGUUUCGGGGAAGCAAGAGGUCUCAAUCAGUGACACGGGGAGACCGACGGGACAUGCUUGGCUCUCUGAGGGACUCUGCUCUUUUUGUGAAGAAUGCAGUGUCCCUGCCACAACUCAACGAGAAGGAGGCAGCAGAAAAGGGGUCUGGCAAGCUGCCUAAGAGCCUUUCGUCCAGUCCUGUGAAGAAGGCAGCCACUGGAGGAGCAGAGGAGGAAGAGGUAGAGGAGGAGGGAGGAUCUGGGGAGAAGACACAUCGUCUGAAUGGAUCUGGGGGUGCCCACUCACCUGACUCUAUACUUGAUGAGCGGGCCUUUGGGGACAUCACAGACCUGCCUCACGUACCCAAGGCUGGUUAUGGAUUGAAGCAUGCAGAAUCAAUUAUGUCCUUCCAUAUUGACCUGGGGCCCUCCAUGCUGGGGGAUGUCCUUAGCAUCAUGGACAAGGACGAAUGGGACCCAGAGGAAGAGGACAGUUGCCAUGGUGAUGAGGGCCCAAGCCACAGCAUCCAGCCCCCACUUUCUGCUGCUGUUCCUCUGCCACGGCAGGAAGAGAAGCCUGGUCCAGACUCACCACUGCUGCCUCCCUGCACUAUGGAUGAUGAGGGCUGGGCAGCAGCAGCUCCCAGCCCAGCAUCCGCCCGAAGUGUGAGCAGUCAUACCACAAGAGACAGCAGUUCCAUCUCCAGCUGUACCUCUGGAAUCCUAGAGGAACGAAGCCCUGCGCUCCACGGGCUAGAGAGGGCUCGGGUCCCUCUUGCCCGACAGCCCAACAAAGAGUUCUCAUUUAUGGACGAGGAAGAGGAUGAGAUCCGUGUGUGAAUGGGGUUGGGGGGAUUGUUGAGUGGCUCUGCACAACUGACUUAUUUUUGUCCCCACUCCCUGUGACUUUCCACCUUACUAUGGGACUCCCAGAGUCCAGGUAGAAUAGCCCUCUGAAGGGACCUUGGCAGGAAGUCUUAGUUGCAGGAGACCCCUCUAAUUCAUCUAUGCCUGAGAAAAGAAUAUUUGUGUGACUCCUUUCUCCUAGAUGUGGGGAUUGGUGGAUCCUGGGAAUGAAGCAACUCUGGGUUGGAGGGGGUGGGGAUGGAUUAUUUGCCUGACAUCUAUGGACAGCUUGCUCUCCUCUAAGACAUACAGGGGUCAGGAGUGUUUUCUUGGCCAACGAACACUUCAGUAUGAAGCAGGAAUCAAUUUUCCUCCUUUCUCUCUAUUUCCCUCCCCUCUUCCCUCUCCACAAAUGAAUGCCAGAUGUCCAACCUGAUUGCCUCUCCACAUUAAGCAAUACCGAGGCAGCAGAGCCAGACCUCCACUUGAUUUCCCUUUCUCUAGCUCUUUUUUCCCUCCCUGGGAAUUCCAUGUGUGUCUCCCUCUCCCACUCUUCUCCCUACUUUGGAGCUUUCUAAAUUUCUUCCAUGUAGUCCCUCUCUUUUCUCUCCAUGUUUCUCUUUCCCCAUAGAUUUUUAUCUUGACUUUGUUCUCUGGCUACUAGCCAUUGCUGGAAAGAGGUUUGAUGGGAGAAGGGGUUAGAAUUACACAUGGUGCUGGUGGGAGGAUGCUCUGAGAAGCCCCCCCCCCAUCUACCUAUUCCUCACUCAUGUUUGUGUUUUACUAAGAGAUUGGAAUAGGGGAGACUGUUGGGAGAAAAGCUAUAAAGCUGUUGCAGUCUGAUUGGGAAAUCUUCCCUCCAUUCCUCCUCCUUUGGGAGCUCUCUUGCCACCCCCUUUUAAGAGCAGAAGCUGGGAAGAGCCUGGGGCUCCCCUGAAUGAGACUGUCUUGGAGGGUAAGAAGCUUGGCUAUAGGAGCAAAGGAGGCAGAGGCUUUGGAAUCAGUCCCUCCUUCUGGAACUCCCCUCCCCCUCAGCAAUGCUCCACAACUGCCUCCCAGAACUUGGGCAGGAAGUCUGGGGCCCCUUGGAGUUAAGCAGCACCAGGUGGCUGGGUUAGGGUAAUAUAUGUGGAAAAUCUCCCCUUUCCCACAGCAGCUUCUAGAGAGAAAGAAGGAGAUGAUGACGGGAAGGCCCUGAGCAGGGAUCCUAGAGUGUGAAACUGAAAUUUAGUCUACCCAAAAGGGAACGGUCAUAAUAAAGCCUGAAUAUGGGGUUCUCUCUCAUCCCCAAACACUGGGACCAGCUAUUGGCUUGGCCUAUAUAUUUUUUCUUCUUUCAAAUAAUGUGGGUAUUGCUUUUCUUUUUAAUUUUAAUCUAGUUCCUAUGAAAAAAAGGCUUUUUUGGUGAGUAGGGACCCUCCCAGACUUGACUAUUCUCUUUGAUGACCUGCACUAUUCCCCUUCCUUUCUUAGGAGUUUCAUUUAAGUCCCAGCCCCCAGUGAGGACUACCCUUCUCUCGGGGUUCCACAAGUGGGAAGAUUAGGUCCCCACCAGAGAGCUGUGUAACAAGUUCUAAACUGGAUUAGAAUGUCAGCCUUACUCUGGAAUUAGGGUUCCGACACAGACUAAUCUUAGAGUUGGAACUGACCUCAGAGGUCAUUUUGGCCCAAUUAUCCCUUAACAGGAAUCACCUCUUCAAUAUACCAUCCCAGAGAAAUGAUCCUCCAGUUCUGAUUUAAAGACCUCUAGUAAAUGAGAACCCAUUACCUCUCAAGGCACCCCAUUUUGUGUUGGCUUAAGUCUGUGAGGACAUUUUCCCUUAAAUUGAACUUAACUUGGCCUUCACACCACUUAUACCCAGUGCUCCCAAUAAUGCCUUUAAGGCCCCAACAGCAAAUCUCCAGUUCCUCCAGCAAAUACUUUAAGGCAGCUAAUAAUAGUUCCCCCAUCUGAAAUCUCAUCUCGGGGAUAAACCCCACUUUCUUCAACCAGUCCCCAAAAGGCUUGGCCUCCAGCCUCCUGUUCACCCUUUUUUUCUGUGAAAGCUACCCUCCUUACCCCCCUCAUCUCUCUUCUUGACAUGGUGGCUUUGGGCAGGAUGGGAAGCCCAAAGGAUAAAAAAAAAAACAAAGAAGAAAACUCUAGCCUAGGUCUAGAACUGGGUGGGUAGGGGGGAGAAGGUGAAAGGGAAGGGUUAGAACAAGACUAAAACAACUAGUGAUGCAGGUGAUGGAGACUUUAUGAAACACUAACUUAGUUCUUUAAAAGCACAGACUUGGGUGAUGUCCAUGGCCAGUGACAGUUUAAAAGCGCAAAGGGAUAGCUUGUUGGGGUAGGGAGAAGGGAAUGGAGAUAGCCCCACCCCUGCCUGUAUGGACAGCACAUGAAAUGUUUACUGGUGAUGAUGUAGCACACACUAAAAAUGCAUAUUCUCUUUUUUUAAUGAGGCCUAUGGAAGACAGAGGAAACAUUAAAAAUCCUUAGUGAUGUCUGAUGUUUUAAA